AUGAUAGACGAAUCCAGGAAGUAUUUUGGUUACACAAGGCGGAAGCGUACAAUUUACUAAACCUAAAAAGCGUUUUAGGGGGAAAACACCGUAAACAAGAAACAAAACAGCUGCAGCACAAGGUUUCUAGGACGGAGUGGAUAUUAGUUGUCGUCGUUGGAAAGAAAGCAUCACUCAGCUCACUCCACCACUGCCACAUCGAUCUGGUCCUUCCUUUCAGGUUUUUUUGUUUAUCCAGCCUUGCUCACCAUCAGUGCCUGACGUGACACGGUUUUCAUAUCCACACCCUGCACACACCUGUGGUUUUAGCACCUCUUUAGGUCUUCUCAUUUUUGCAUAGCCUCUGUUUUUUUGUAAAUGGCUGGGCGCGGAGGAGGAUCAACAAGGCCCAAUGGUGCCGCAGCAGCAAAUAAAAUCUGCCAGUUUAAACUGGUGCUGCUGGGGGAGUCUGCAGUGGGCAAGUCCAGCUUGGUGCUGCGCUUUGUCAAAGGCCAGUUUCAUGAAUUCCAAGAGAGCACCAUUGGAGCCGCCUUCCUCACUCAGACCGUCUGUCUGGACGACACCACUGUGAAGUUUGAGAUCUGGGACACGGCAGGCCAGGAGCGCUACCACAGUCUUGCACCGAUGUACUACAGAGGUGCUCAGGCCGCCAUUGUGGUCUACGACAUUACCAAUACAGAUACUUUUACACGAGCUAAGAACUGGGUGAAGGAGCUGCAGAGACAAGCCAGCCCUAACAUAGUGAUCGCUCUGGCUGGAAACAAGGCGGACAUCGCAAACAAGAGAGCUGUAGAUCUCCAGGAGGCACAGACUUACGCUGAUGACAACAGUCUUCUCUUCAUGGAAACCUCAGCCAAGACUGCCAUGAAUGUCAAUGAGAUUUUCAUGGCUAUAGCGAAGAAGCUACCAAAGAACGAUGCCCAGGGCGGAGCUGGGCAAGGCGGGCGGACCAGGACGGGAGUUGAUCUACAGGAAGCUGCUCCUCAGGGCCGCAGCUCGUGUUGCAGUUCGGGCAAUUAGCAAGUACAACACAAAGAACUUAGUAAGCGAGCCCUGAACAUCAUUUUAAGGACAUCUCUUAGCUAUAUAUUAAAAAAAAAAAAAAAAAAAAAAAAAAACAGAGGCAGGAGAAGGCAGAGCCACUCGCCGGCCCUGCUCUUAAACUGAGAUUACAGAUGAGAUUAUCUGGAUCCUCUUUGAUUAAAGGAACAUUUUUUUUAAAGAAUCAUAAGCUAGAGGGAAUAACAAAGAUCCCUCACUACUUCUCUUCUGUCUUUUCCCCCUGUUAUCUAUCUACCUCCCUGUUCAUCUUCAGCCUGUCUCAGUUGAUUCAAUAGUCUUAAAAUGAUUUUUCUGAAGUGUGAUGCUGAGGUUGUUUGCUAUCCCCCUUUUGGAGUGUGUGUCUGUGUUAUGUAUAUGUAUGUUUAUAGUACAUAUGCAUACAUGUAUAUUGGAAUUUGAAUUUCCUUUUCUACUCUUGUCAUUUCCCUCUAAAAUGAUCAUCUUUAUUAAAGAUACCCAACUACUAAUGCGGAAGUUUCAAAUGAGUCAACCUUAUGGUGUUUUGUCUUAAUGCAGUUAAGAUCAAAGCAAUUUGUUCUUUACGGGGACCUUACUAUGACACAGUUAUUAGAAAAGCUCCAGCUUUUUUAAAGCAGGUCGUGAUUCCAUAGGCUACACAUGUGAAGAUGUCUCCGAACUCUGCAACACUUGGAGUUAAUUGCAUUCAUUGUGUUUCCAUACCUGUAACACCAGAGAGUUGUUAGCCCUUUUUGAAAAAACAACAUGAAAUGUGAAAAUAACUUGUAAAUCUUAAACAGAAUAAAUAACAUGCAAGAUUUA